AUGAUCGUCAAAGCCACUGCCGUUGCUCUGCUUGUUGCAGGUUCAGCCUCAGCGGCCGCUCUCAUCAACGCAAAGCAAUAUGGCGCCGAAGCAGUCGUCAAGGCAGAUCCCGACUAUGGUCUUUGCAUUCCAACCAUGAAGUUCGAAGGCGGCAUCAGAGGCCGACCAGCCCUGGAAUUUAGUUUUCUGCCUGCGGAUCCAUUGUGCAGCAAAGGUCAACAAGAGGCAUUGAAUAUCAACAUCAUCACAAACCGCAUCUGCGAUCAACUCAGCACUGUGUGCGCAGCCAACCAGGCAGCCCAGACGCUGUGUCGACAGGCCCAAGCGAAGAUCCGCACACUGGGCACCCGCGACAAGUCGACCGCCGACACCUGGAACACACUGCUCGGCUUCGGCGGCGCCUUGACCAAUCCCGACGGCGGCCUCGCCGAGCCGGACUCCCAGAUGAGAGAUCUCAAGGUGAAGAGAGACGUGGAGAUGGAGAAGCGCGCCAUCAUCCCAUGUUCCACUUCUGAAUGGAUCGAUACUUGCACGGGUUGGCCCGCUGCGGAACCGGUGGUCAAGCGUCAUGUCGAGGCUGAUGCUGAUGUUGCAGCUCCUGAGCCUGUUGUCAAGAAGAGAUCUGCAGAGCCGGAGGCAGAACCGGACCCAGAACCACAACCGGAGCCGGAAGCUGAGCCGAUGGUCAAGAGGUCUGGAGAGGCAGGAGCAAAAGCAAAGAGACAGGUCGAGUUCAUUGCUUGCUCGACCACCGAAUGGCUUGACGACUGCACCGGCUGGCCUUGA